AGGAAGCCGGGUGCGAGCCGGCUGGCCGGCAUCAGCGUGCAGAGCCAGCGGGAGAUCCCAGCCGGCCCCAUGGUGCGGCACCUGGGCAGCGGCGGUGCUGCUGCUGCUCUCCCCGUAGGAGGACGGGAGCCGGCGCCGCCGCGGAGCGAGGAGGAUGCGGGGGACGCGCGGCAGCACCCCCCGUGCCAGGCGGGCGCCAUGGAGGCGGCGGGCGACCAGGAGCCCGGAGGCGGCGGCUGUAGCUGCUGCUCAGGCUCAUCCCGGCCGCGCUGCAGGCUCCCGUGGGCACGGAAGACGCCCGGAACAAAGAAGAAAUUCACCUGCCCAGGACUUGGCUUGUUUUAUACUAUAUUGUCUGCCUUCCUUUUCUCAGUGGCUUCUUUGUUUCUUAAAAAAAUUGAAGAUGUACAUUCAGUGGAAAUCAGUGCAUUUCGAUGUGUUUUCCAAAUGGCAUUUGUUCUUCCUGGUUUAAUAUACUACAAAACAGGGUUUUUGGGACCAAAAAGUAAACGAGUUUUUCUUUUCUUUCGAGGAUUCCUUGGCUCUGGUGCAAUGAUUCUUCUCUACUAUGCUUUCCAAGUAAUGCCUCUAGCUGAUGCCACUGUUAUAACUUUCAGCAGUCCAGUUUUUACAUCAUUGUUAGCCUGGAUAUUUCUCAAGGAGAAAUACAGCCUUUGGGAUCUUCUUUUUACCCUCUUUACGAUCACUGGAGUGGUUCUUAUUGCAAGACCGCCUUUUCUGUUUGGAUCCAAUAUUAUAGGGAUUGAAGGAAGCUAUACAAAUCAUCUUAAAGGAACAAUAGCUGCUGUUAUAAGUGCAGUAUCAACAGCUUCAACUUUUGUUAUAUUAAGAAAGAUGGGAAAAUCUGUGCAUUAUUUUUUGUCUAUUUGGUAUUAUGCAGUAAUUGGAUUAAUUGUAUGCAUUGUAGCACUGUUUGUAAUAGAUGAAUGGACUUUACCAUAUUGUGGUACAGAUAGAUUUCUCCUAAUAUUAAUUGGACUGUUAGGGUUGGGGGGUCAGAUAUUUCUCACAAAAGCAUUACAGAUAGAGAAGGCUGGUCCUGUUGCCAUAAUGAAAACCAUGGAUGUGGUGUUCGCUUUUAUCUUACAGAUUCUUUUCCUCAAUCAUCUGCCAACUUGGUGGACGGUGGGUGGUGCCCUUUGUGUAGUAGCCAGUAGCUCUGGAACUGCCAUUCGUAAGUGGCAACAGAAUUCAAAAAAGGCUAAAGAAAAUGAAAUCUAGCAAGUCAGACACUUUCAUCACAGAAACAAAGAUAACCAUCAUAAUCUUGGGAAAAUAUAUUUUAUAGUAAGAUAUAUUUUAUUUAUUUAAAAUAUUUCAUUUAUUUAACUCUGUUACCAAAUUGUCCCCAAGAGGAGGAGUCAGCUGACUUUCAAGCAGCAUAGCAGAUGUUUUAACUAGCUGGUUCAGCAUAGGCUACUCAGUGUAAUACUGAGGAAGGCAUUGGUGUAUUUUCACAGAUCUUGCUGUCUCUGUUUCCUGAUUGCUAUCUUAAACAGGCAGUAACUGUAUACAGAAGUUAUUUUUUCUUUCCCACAAACUAGUGUUGUUUCUUUAAAAUUUUUGGGCCUGAUUCUCCAUUUCUUACACCUUGUAUAGUCACUUACCCAUCUGUAAAGUGGGAGUUAAAGUCUACCAUUCUAAGGUAGUACUUUGCAUUCACUUACUACAGGUAUAACUGAAUAGAAGAGGAGCAAGGCAGUGGAGUCUAAUUAUUUUUUCUUAACUCUACUCAAAUUUUCUAUUUUUAAUCUUAGAAGUGUUCAGUGACAUAGUUUCAUGAAUACACUUACUCCAAACAGUUAGGGCCCCAUUCAGCAAAAAGAAACAACAACAAAAUAAUACAGCUUCUGUACAACAGGCAUGCAAGGCUGAUACAUGUGGCAGCCUCCAAAAAUCUCUGCAGAAACAGAAGCUGGAUAUGUAGGGAUUUUUCUUAAUUGGGUUCUAAAUAAACAUAUGCUCUUUAAUCUUCCAUAUUAUUUUUGAAAAUUCUUUUGUUUUUCUGAUUAUCAAAAGAGAGCAGGGCUGAUAAUGCCAAAGUAAAUCUGAAAACUAUUUGCAGUGGCUUAACAUGUAACAUUAUGUCAGUUAACUUUUAAUUUAAAGUGACUUUCCCAAUAGACCAAGUCACAUUGAUUUACUACUACUUUAGUUGCUACAAUUUCAGUGAUUAAAGAAAAUGGUUGUUAGUAUAGCCCUUUGUGAGUUGACCAUUUCUUAUGCUACAAAAUGUUAUGCUGUGUUGCACUAUCUUUAAUUCUAUGCAAAAAAUAUUUUAUUUGUAUUUUUUUAGGUAUUUAAUUUAGAUUACUCAAAAUGCUGUUCAACAGUUUUGUUUAAUACUUUGUGUAAAGUAUUUUUGUGGAAAAAAAAGUUGCACUUUUCUUGGCUGCAGUUACGUUUAAUGUUUUAUUGUAAAACCUCCCAUUUCUUGUUUUCACUAGCUAAUGAAAGGUAUUUAGAGAUUCCACAAACAGCACUGGUUAGCCAGCGUCAUAGUGGAGAAUGUACAAAAUGUACCCUGCACUCCUCGCAUGUCAUUUUUAAUGUUUGAAGACUAUGUUUUGAUAGCAAUGAUUACGGUAAUAUUAUAAUAUAGAGUCCAGUUUCCCAGUUUUAUGGGCAGGAAAAGAAGAUCACUAUAAUACAUAGUGGUUUCCCAGAAUGGAUUGUGAUCUACUGGUGGGUCUCAGUCCAAUUGAGUUUUAAGAUUAAUUUAAUUUUUACUUUGCUGAGACCCUUUACACUGUGCCCUGUGGCGUUUUUCAGGCAAUUACAUUGUUUCCUCUUGUUUUCUGAAAGAGGAAGCUCUUUUAUAGUCGUAACCCAAGAAUACAUCCUGUGUGUGGAAACUGACAUAAAAUAAUGGAUAUAGUCUUAUCUUGAUGCACAGAUAUUUAUAUAUGUACCAUCACUUUCAUGAGAUAAAUUGUUAAAACUGUUGCACUCCACUCUGCGGUGGUUUGGGUGAAGUGAUCCCUGCAUGUAUAACACUAGUAAAGUGCUUUAGGAUGCUUCUAGAAGAAAUGAGCCAUAUUUGUGUAAGAUUGCCUCAGAAUAUAUGCUGUGGGUUUGAGGCUGCUUUUGUUGAUGUCAAGAUCAAAACUCUAGGGAAAGGAAUUAAGGAAACUUAAUAAAAAGGAUGAAAAUAUAACAAUGAUCCAGUUUCAACAAUACAGAAUCAUAAGUAUUAUGGAGGGUUGUCUUUUUUAGAAAUUAUGUUGAAAAUGUUUGAAUCAUACAUUGUCCCUGAAUUAUUAUAAAUUGAUGCAUAUGAUUUAGUAGCCUGCAUUACUGAAGAGAGGUUUUGUUUUCUUCUUAUAUACGAAUAUUUACUUAAGUAUAGAAAAUAUGCAGGUUUGAAAUAGACAGUUUAUUGGUUUAGUAACUUUAGAACAAAUCUUUUUCUCAAGUUUUCUUCUUCAAACCUUCACCUUAAGUGUAAUUUACUGUCUAUGGUAAAUGAGAUAUAGCAAGUCAGUCUUAAAACUGAUUUUUAUUAAUCCUUUUUAAAACAAACAUCUGUUAGCAAACUGGCAAAGUAAUUUUUUUUGUCCAAAACUGAUUUCUUUGGGGUUCUCCAUGACCGUUCACACUCAUUAUUCCCAAACUUUCUCACAAUAUUGCGUGUAUAGAAAGAAGGAAAACAAUAAAACUGGUUUUGCGGUCUGUUUGAACUACAAAUUUUUUGUUGUCCCAGAUGUUUUAGGGCCUGAUGAUGCAAGGUGUUGAAUAUCUGGGUACCUGCAUCUUCCAGUGAAAUCAGUGGGAGUUGCAGGCAUUCACUAUCUUGCAAGAUAGGGCUUAUAUUAUGUUACUUUCGUUAUGAAUUGAGUUAAGCAAAUUUCUUUUAUAACACUUUUUGCUCUUUAAAAAGGGCAAUGCCUUCAUUUGGAUUUAAAAAACUUUUUAGAUGGUGGUUGCUCAAACAAUAUGGAGAGGAAGACCUUGAGUAUAGUGAUAUACAGCAGUGCUGAUAUAUUUAUUUGUUCUGUUUAUAAAGCAUCUACAACUUGUCUUUCCAGAUUCAUUUUUAAUAGUGUAAAUCAUUUUAAGUAUUGUAUGGUUUUUGAAGCACCUCAAAAAUUUUUGAAACCAAUUUCAGAUGCUUUUUUUCUUAAACUAUAGCUAAAAAGUUAAAUUUGGACAGUUUUGAAGAAAAUAGUUAUGGAAUGGCUAAAAUAACUGCCUUAAAAUGCAGUAGCUGGUGAAAAUGCUUCUCUUUUAAUUAUUAAUUUUAAUAAAUUAUACUGGGCAUUCAAAUAUCUGCUUUUCAGGAGCUUACACUGCAGUCUUUAAAACUAUAUCAGAUUGAAAUUGAGUUGUCAGGUAACUUUUCUGGCCCAAGUCUUUUUUUUUUUUUUCCCCUUUCCCCUCCCCUCUCCCCCCCCCCCCCCCCCCCCCCCCCCCCCCCCAGAAAAUAUUCUUAUUCUGGAAAGGCAUUUUUGAAUUAU